AUGCUAGGUGGUAGUAAGGAUGGAGAGGUUAAGCUAGGUGGUUUGGAAACGAUAACGAAGGAGGGGAUGUACUUACAAUGUGGAAUACCCAAGACAUUCUCUAAUGCAUAUGGAAUGGUUUGUCCUGUUUGUGGCGAUCGCUCACCCACCGACACUAGCAACAAAUCCAAGAAGAAGGGGUAUACUAUCAAAGAUAAGGAGAAAAAAUAA